AUGUUGUUCACCCGUGCUUUGAUCACCUCCGCCUUCGCCAUGGCCGCCACGGCUCUCCCCAAGGCCGCGCCCAGCGCAACCUCCAGCGGAACCGCCGCCAGUGCCAGUGCCAGUGCCAGCUCCAGCUCCGGCGGCGGCGUCCAGAUCGUCAACAACCUGAAUACAACGGUCUACUUGUGGUCCACGUCCAGCGACGCCGGCAGCAUGCAGAAGCUCAACUCCGGCGGCGGCACCUACUCCGAGGACUGGCAGACCAACUCCGACGGCGGCGGCAUCUCCAUCAAGAUGUCGACUUCGCAGAGUGAGGGCAGCGUGCUGCAGUUUGAGUACACUACUAGUGGCGAUGACCUCUACUGGGACCUGUCGUCCAUCGACCUGGACUCCAGCUCGGCCUUCGUCUCCGCCGGUUUUUCGGCCAGCUCCGACGACUCCAGCUGCACCUCCGUCUCUUGCUCGGCGGGAGAUAGCAACUGUGCCGAAUCCUACCAGCAGUCCGACGACAAGGACACCAACAGUUGCACGUCCAGCUCCGCAUUCACCGUGACCCUGGGUUAA